AUUAUAAAUCACAAAAGGACCUAAACUAGAAAUUGAACUUUUUAAGGGGAUAAAUAAAAGUCAACUGGAUCCAUUUUCAAUUUUACAAUCUUCAUGGGCUAAAUCAUUCAUUACCACAUUCACAUUUGUUCCCCAAAAUAUGUAAAAUUAAGUAAAAAUAUAAGAUAAAAAUCUUAAUUCUCUUGGUCAGGUACGGACAGAUUUUUAUUUAUAAUUCUCCUACCUUUACGGUUCCGUUCCGUCCGCAAGCGAUUCAAUUCAGCGCUUCUGAAAGCCAACCCGAACCUGACCCAAAGUCCGAUGGCGAGCCUAUGGCGAGCCGCGACGGGCCGGACGGAGAAGCCCAACGACUACGACGGAGUGGAGUUCUGGUUAAACCCUGAACGCACCGGCUGGUUGACCAAGCAAGGCGAGUACAUAAAGACGUGGCGUCGCCGGUGGUUCGUGCUCAAGCGAGGCAAGCUCUUCUGGUUCAAGGACUCAACCGUCACCCGCGGCUCCAGCCCACGUGGCGUGAUCCCAGUGGCUUCCUGCCUCACAGUCAAGGGAGCCGAGGACGUCCUCAACAAGCAGUACGCGUUCGAGCUGUCCACGCGCUCCGACACCAUGUACUUCAUCGCCGACUCGGAGAAGGAGAAGGAGGACUGGAUCAACUCGAUCGGACGGUCCAUAGUGCAGCACUCGAGGUCCGUCACCGACUCCGAGGUCGUCGAUUACGAUAGCAACAAGUGAUGGGGGAAGGGGCAAUUUGGUCAGAUUACUACUCUGAUGUGAGCCAAAGAGCUAUAGCCCAUAGGUGAGUGAGAGCUCCGACGCUCGUGUUCAUACCCCUUGUAAUUUUGUACGUGCAUAAAAUUCGGUGGACUCGUUAUGUGUUUGUGUUUCAUCUUCUGUAAAUGAAUUUUCAGAUCGUAUGGUGCUUCGUCUUUGCAGCAAUUAAACUCUUUGUUUGGUAACGAUCAGAUGUCAAUUGAAUUACCUUCCAUUUCUGGCUUUUGA